AUGUAUUCGCCCUCGCUGCCUCUCAAGGCCUUCUUGACUUUCUUCGGCUUCCUGCUCCUGUGCCAUGAAUCGGAAGUGCUGUCCAUGGCGAAUCCCAGGGAGAAGGCUUCUGAAGACCACCCACUGACCUCUGACUCCACCUCUGUCCCUCUCCGCAUCUUCCUGAGCUCCAUCUCCCCCCAAUCCCCCCAGUUGCCCCGAAAAGGGGUCUCCUGCGAGGACUUGAUGCCUGAAGCCCUGGAGGGUUUUGCUGAUCUGCCCAAACUCUCCCAGACCCUCAUCCGAGCUGCAUUAGUGCUGGCCCUGCAAAGGGCAGGCUGUAGCGGGCAUGCGGAAACCCUCGUCCUGCACCUCUACGAGGAGCUAGGACAGAAAGAUACGGACGACCUCCUGUUUGCGAUGGCUGGGACUCUGAACACCACUCAUUCCCCUGGUCAGAGGAAGAGCAGCGUUGCCUUGCAAUUCAACUUGGACCAGCUUGCGCAAACGCCGGUCCGGCACUGCCGAGGUCUCUUGCCGGUGAACGGAUCCCUCCUGCACGGCAAGGCACACAAAGUCUACCGGGGUUUUCCAGCGGCUUCCAAAGCUUGCCACCGUCUAGGGGAUUCCUGUGCCGGAGUGGCCUCCAACGACAGCAGCUUCUUCCACGUGGUGGAAAGAAAGGGCAGCUACUUCCUGCCCCGCCAUGGCGCCUCCUCUUGGCUCCACCAGUGCCGCAGGCUUGCAAGAGGCCGCCGUUCCACCGCGGAGGACUGUGCCAAUGAGACCGAGGAAGAAAUCUAUGCUGUCCUGGACUGGAUUCCUUGGGUCGGCACCUUCUACAGCUUUGCCACCAGUAUGUACUUUGCAAAGCUGAACUGCACAGAACUGGCGCGAGAGCGUGCUAUGAACUGCGCCAUAGACAUAAGCCACGAUAUGCUGCUACUUGUGACUGGCGGAGCAAGCAGCAUUCUUGGAAUGGGGAUUUAUGCAGGGCUAAAGCCAGGCUUGAAGACAGCAGUGCGUGCCAUGCUCCGGUAUUUGAAAGAGAACAUACACCCUUUUCCUGUCCCUUCCAACUACUCCGGUCCAGUCACCAUCUUCUAG